UGGAACUGUAGUCUCGCAACAAGCUGCAGCUAGAAUGAGCAAAUCAGCCGAUUGUAGCCGAUUUUUUCUCGAUAAAUGUCAUUGCUUGACAUUUGUCUAAUCUACUGUAGUAUCUUGUAAGUACGGUGCCGUUGAGGUUGGUCGUGUGAAUUUGACUUUGAAAUUCCAUAAAACACGUAAUGGGUGACUUUGACAAGAAAUACAACAUAGUAGACGAGAAGACGCCACCACAUGAAUUGUUGUCCGGUCACUACAAGCAAAGUUUCGCUUACUACACAUUGCGUGAGCGGCUUCCGGUAAUAUUAACUCAAGUAGUGGACAAUCUAUCGCGAGAUAAGGAUGAAAUUGCAGAAAAGUUCGGGGACGGUGCUCGAGAGGAACUUAAAGAGAUUGUGGGGAAUAUAUCAAAGCUAAAGUAUGAGUUACAAACUGAUAAAGAACUUACGCCGAUAUCAGGAACGUCGUCGGACGUUAUGACAUGGAACAUAUUCCUGAGUUCAUUGAAUGAGAAUUCACGAUCCUUUUUCAACGCUUGCUGGUUGCAUUCGGAGUGUUAUAUGUAUCGAAGGUUGCGAUCAAUCUUCGAAUUAUCGACUCAUUUGAGGGACUUCGAUUACUUCCAAAAGCAAAAGGAGAAUGCACUCACGUGUUGCACGGAGUCAUUGGAAAAGGUAGCAAAAAGUAUUGAUGCCCAUAAGGAAAUGGAACGGAAAUGUUUUAAGGAUUUCUUUAGAAGAUUGCUUAAGCUUAACUUAUGGGGAAACCGAUGUGAUCUAUCAAUCUCUGCUGGCAAGGAGAUCAUUCAAACCGGGGACCCCUACACAGAUAUUGACAUUUUAGAUAAAUACAUCCUCGUAGAUCAAUCAGCUGAUGUUUGGGAAUGUGUUAGUCAAGACGACACUAAAGAUCAUCCAGUAACAUUCAUCCAUGACAAUUCAGGGUUUGAAAUUUUUACGGACUUCCUUCUUGCCGACUUCAUCAUUGAACAGAAUCUUGCAUCGAAAGUUCGCUUCCACGUUAAAGCAAUACCUUGGUACAUAUCAGACGUAACACCGCACGAUUUCCACUGGACGAUUGACUACCUAUUGGGCCAUCAAUCAGAAACAUUAAGGACACUCGGAAGUAGAUGGAAGAAAUAUUUAGAGAACGGAAAAUUCGAACUGUGUCCCGUCAAUUUCUUCUGGACUAGCCCAUUUGAAUUCUAUAAGAUGGCAGAAAACGACAAGAAGCUUUACACGGAACUUGGCGAGUCAAAAUUAGUUAUUUUUAAAGGAGACUUGAAUUAUAGGAAAUUAAUUGGGGAUUAUAAUUGGGAUAGAACGGAAUCAUUUGAGACAUGCUUAAGAGGCUUUCGACCAUCAAAUGUCUGCACUCUACGCACCAUUAAGGCAGAUCUAAUAUGCGGAUUGAAAGAAGGUGUAGGAGAGGAAUUAGAUAAAUCAGACCCGGACUGGAUGGUGACAGGAAAAUAUGGUGUUAUACAAUUCGCUUUAAAGAAUUGACAUAAUUUAUUGUCUUUGUAGUCAAAUCUUGUGUAUGUUGUUUUCUUUUUUGUUACCCAGUAAACCGAAAAAAAAGUCGAAA